AUGCCGACGUUGACAUCUGCACACAGCUCGCAUCAAGACGAUCCCAUCGCCAAGAUUUAUCGGUAAGUCUUUCGAUUCCAAGCAGCAGAUCACGCAAUCAAAGAGCUGAAGCCACUGCACUGGCACAUCUGCAAACACAUCGACUCGCAGCAUCACGUUCAACUGGAUCGAGCCCGUCGCCGCUUUCUUGGGCGCCAUGGCCGCCAUCUUUGCGCCCAAAUUGCUCGCUCCCGCCACUCCAAACGCUUUCAAAGCGUACGAUGAGAGGAUGGUAAGUUUGCUCUGGCGCAUCGCUUGUGCACACUGCGCCCGCACCUUUACCGGCUUCUCGCUUCGACCACCAUCUGACGCGUUGCGCCGCAUAUACUUUGCUGCACACUCAGCGUCCCAUCUUUGCUCAGAUUGGUGGAGGAUGGUGAGAAAGAGACGCUGUGGUCUUUGCGAGCAGCCUACAUGCACCUCACAUCGCUUCCCAACCCUCCCUUUUGCGCGCACGCGCUCCCUCUCCCUCGCUCCAUCUUCGCAAAAGGCUCAUCAUGGUCUUCAACGACUUCGUCACCUUGCGCAUCUUUCCGCGCAACAUUCUCGUCUGGCGCUGCAUCCUCGGAGCUGGCAUCUGCUCCGAUGUCGUCUACAUAGCAGUCAUCAUUUGGGAUCUGGGUUGGCAAAGGUUCUCCAAUCCCACCUUUUGGACGUGGGAGGACGCUUUCACCAUCAUCUCUACCAUUGGUCCCUUUUUGCUCAAGAUCGCCUUUCAGCUCGGCAUUGGGGUCAAACAGGAGAAAGCUGGCGAGAAAGACAAGUGA